CCUGAUCGUGCUGCUCAGAGUCCUGCAACUUGAGUACGCCAGACCCGCGAUCGCUAUGAUGCUGGCGGUGAGGCCAAUGGGUUCAGCCAUAUUGGGGUGAUGGGCGUUGCUGGUGUUAACGGGUGUUGUGUAGCGCCGGGGUUGAUCGGUCAAAAUUUAGGGAGGGGCUUGGGGGGCAUAAUAAGCAGCUACCUGCUUUCCCUUAUUCGAACUAUCUUGACCUCACACAGCUAAGCCUCAAACACAACCAAUCGUCGCUCGACUAGCGCUCCCAUCAGACAGAUAAUCCCCAGCAUUUUGUUUCACGAAAGCUGCUGGUGGUGUCGACUCGUUCUGUCCCCAGCAUUUCAGCAUUCACCAAACCCACACCACCAUGAUCCCCGAUCAAAGGACUAGGAAACUGUCGAGUCUGUCGAGCCAAGGAGACCAAGAUUCUUCAAGAUGCUCCAUCUCAGCAUAUGCUGCCAAUUAUUCUCGACAAUUCGUCGGCACGGCCGAAAAUGUCAACUUCUAUGGGGAUGCAACCCAGUUGCUUAAUGAUUCACACUUGCCCUGCGUGAAGGACGCGCGCUUCAACUCAAUUGCUGAUAGUGAAGAGUCCCCCUACUGCCUCGAAAACACACGCGUGCAGAUCCUUGAGGGCAUUGACCAUUGGGCCAAUGAUCGCGAAGGUCCCUGCAUCUUUUGGAUGAGUGGCUUGGCUGGCACAGGAAAGUCGACGAUAGCCCGCAUGGUAGCUCGUAAGUAUGAUGACGAGAAUCGACUUGGGGCCAGCUUCUUUUUCUCCGUCCUCCAUCGUGACACCAAGCGCACGACGAGCUUUGUGACUACAAUUGCGCGGCAGUUGGCGGACGCUGAUCCUUCUCUGCGUCAUGAAAUCCAAAACUCUGUUCGCCAAAGAAAAGACAUUGCCAACUAUUCUCUUGAGGAUCAAUGGCGUCGUCUGGUUCUCGAAUCAUUAUCUAAGAUUAAACCAGAACCAGGUCGACUACCCUAUAUCUUGGUUAUUGAUGCCUUCUUGGCGAUGAUUUGUCUUUUACCUAUCAUUUCUUGUGUAGAAUCAUCUUAUCAAAAAACCUCUUCUGAUAUAUAGUGAUCAGCUUUGAUUCUACUCAGUUUGCCUGCAAGCUGGCCAUAACUUCCAGUGUCCCAAUUUCAAACGAUGCUCGGGAUCUCAUUACUGAUAUAAAUGAGGUGAAGAGGUCGUGCUGCCCUAGAAUUGACUGCCCACUGUCACAAAAUGGAGCAGAUGCCUAAUUAGA